GUUUGUGAAUAAGGUUAGGAAAGGAAUUGGCGGUUUGUUUCCGGAAUCGCAGCGAAUUUAUCGCCGUUUAUUAUUAAUCCGGAAUAAACCCGCCGGGGGAGAGAGAGAGAGAGAGAGAGAGGGAGACUCGGCGCUGUGGAGGAUGAGGAUGAUGAUUUCUGUGGCGCUGCUCUGCUGCCUGCUGCUGAUGGCUGAGGCGGCGCGGAGCCGGAAGGAGUGGGGCGGCGGCGGCGGGAGCGCGAGCGGCGGGCUGAGGAGAGCCGCGAGCGGAGUUUACCACAGCCUGAGCUCCGUGUUCGGGGAGGAGAACAUCAGAGCCGUACACAAGUUUUUCUCCAGGAGCACUGAGCGGUUUGUGCAUGGCGUGGACUCGCUGCUGGACGCGUUGUGGAGGAGUGGGACGGACCUGCUGGACGCUCUGGGGCUGGACUCCUCCAUGCUGUCUCACUACUUCAGCCCGUCCUCUGUGUCGAGUUCUCCGUCUCGGGCGUUGUUGUUGCUGGGUGCUGUGUUAUUGGUGUACUGGCUCGUGCACUUGGUUCUGGGUGGAGUGAUGUUGGUUCUGCGAGCCGUGUUGGGGCGGUACUUCUGGGCGGCGCGUGUGCUGUUCUUUGCGCUCUCGUGCCUGUACGUGCUGCAGAAGUUCGAGGGCGACCCGGAGAAGGCGGCGCUCCCCCUGCUGGUCAUCAUGGGUGUGUACUUCAUGACGGGGCCGGUGUCUGCAUACUGGAGGAGACAGGGCGCGUCCUCGCUCGAGGACAAGAUCGACAACCUGGAGACGCAGGUACGCCUCCUCAACAUCCGCCUCAGCAGGGUCAUCGACAACCUCGAGCGCUCCGCCGACCAGUGAGGAGACGCUGUUCAGGGGGCGGGGCUAGGAUUAGGGCGUGGUUCUGGGUUUAAUGUUCCUGUUCUGAAUCUGUACAUUUUACACCAACACUCAUGAUGUUUCUAAGUCUCCGUUUGCUAGGCAACUGGGCAGUAUACACUGAUGUUAGCUUUUUAAUAUGAAAUGGAAUUUCUGUCCCAUUCUGAUCAAACAGAACAGAACGGGGAGGGUUAAACAACAGGAAGUGACAUGUACAGUUAACUAGUGUCAUGUUGUUAUUCUCAGUGUUACAGGUAAUCACAUGUCCACUCAUCACGAGACUGAUCCUUGACCCGCGCUCUUACAUCACCACUGUUAGCAAUAGAGCCCUGAGUGUGUGUGCGCGCGCUAGCAGGCCUGAGAUUUAACCAGGACACCGUGUGUCUGUCUGUCUGUCUGUCUGUCUGUCUGUCUGUCUCUAGAGGUCACCAGGUACACAUUAGCCAAACUCUGUGUGUGUAAGAGAGACAAUUAUCUUCAUGGCUGGAAUCUGUCCAUAGAUCCUUGGAAAAGUGUGUUAAACACACACACGCAGAGUUUGGCUAAUGUGUACCUGGUGACCUCUAGAGACAGACAGACAGACAGACAGACACACGGUGUCCUGGUUAAAUCUCAGGCCUGCUAGCGCGCGCGCACACACACUCAGGCCUACUGGUGUAUGAGCACUGAUCCAGGAUCAGAGACUCUCAGAUAAUCAUUAAUAUUCGAUCAGAUCAUUACUGCUCACUGUUUAUGAAGGAGAUUAUGAAGGUUCAUUAACACUCCCUAUGAAGCCUGUAUGAUGCGUUAUCACUGAGCCACUCACUCACUGUUUCAGUGCACAUAUGGACUGGGCGUGUCCUCAACCACUACUGCGACAGCUACAGAGCGUAAUAACCUCCUACUGAAGUGUUAUAAGCGUAUUAUGAUCACUAUGUGACAUCAGGCUUCAUAUAGAGUGAGUUACAGCAUUUAUGGUUAAUUAUGAGUAGACUUUAGUCUAUCAGCAAAUUUAAUUCCGUUUAUAAGGGCAUCAUAAAGAGUUUAUUAAGUGUUACACUGGCGAUGUGUGUAAAUUACCUGCUCUGUGUGAAAGGGUAUAAAUAUGCGUAAGUGUUUAUUACAGAUUUAUUACACAUGUAUGUUUCUGAUAUAAGGCCAUGAUUUUAUUCUCAGUAGAAACACUGGAUGUGUGUUUUUUUCAUCAGGAGCUCAGUGAAGACUGUACUGUUUAUUAUUAUUAUUAUUGUUGUUGUUGUUAAAGGGAAACAUGCAGCCACAUGUUGUUUACUUAACGUAUUGUUAAUAGAAUGAAUAUCGAAAGCCUGUUUAUUUUUUAUUUGUCAUUUAUUUGUGGGGUUUUUUGCUGAUAAUCUCCGCUCAGUGCUGCUGUGUCAUAAAAUGCAGAAAUUAUUUAAAGACGAAGAAAAUCUAAAUGUUCCCGUGACGUCUGUCUUUUCCUCAACAACCCAAUUUUAAAGGUCAACUAAGUUUAAAAAAAAUUAACUUUCAUAAUAUGUUUAUUCUUACCUAAAAACACCAAACCCGACUUGGAAGUAAAGCAAGAAAGUUUUUCUUCUCAAAAUCGUAUAUUUUUAGUGAAGUUACAAAAUAUCCCUUUCUGAUUGGACAGCAGGUGAUGACGUAUGUUUCAGAAUACAAUGCAGAAAGUAGCUGAAGAACUCCCUGCAGUUUUUGUGGAAAUGAUCGAUAAGGAUCGAAAUAAAAGGGACACAUUGUGUUGUGCAUUGUUUUCCGUUGUGUCACGAAAGGUGUAGGCCUGUGUAGCAAAUAAGAUGUUAUUUCAACGCCCUGAUUUGUAGGUUGACUAUUUUCAUUCCGUGACACAGGUGCACAUGCUCUGCCUGUGCGUCAAUGCCGACUGACGUCGAAUCAGUGUGCUGCAGAGAGAUCCCCGAAGUGGCUGCAAAAAUACAAGCCUGCAAUGAGCAACAGAAUGCACAGCUAGAGUGCAUCACGUCUCACCCAGGCUUUCAAACAGUCUGCCUGGAUAGAUGGGUACUGGAGACAGCACACUACCAGUAUGUGCAGCAGUAUGGUGGGCAGUGUUCGAACUAUGCCGAUAUUUUCGGGGGGUCCCUUUUUUUCCCUUGGGUGGGGGGCGCUUGCGCUUGUCUCAGAGCGCGGAUCUCCAAACGCAUGAGAAGCCUAUCUUACGCACAUAUCACGCGGACUCCACACACGCAUCGCGUCUGAAGUCAUAACUCAUCAGGGGAAAUCGUGUCCGCAUUGGCAUGUUCAAAAAACAACCUCGCGUCAACAAUGAUACCACACGCAAGAAAAAAAAAAACAGUCAGGCUACUCAACACAUCUGAUCCACAGCAGCACCAAAGCAUCACUGGAAAUCAUGUCAACAACCAAUCUUCCACAACACUUCAGAUAUGCAAAUGCUUCCCGUUACACACGAUUGCUAUGUCAAUAAACAUCAUUUUGCCAAUAUUUUAGAGACCCCCCCAACAUUUCCCAAAUCAUGUUUUCAAGGGAUCUCAUGUCUGUUUCAGGGGAUCUCGGAUCCCCCGAGUACCCCCGUAGUUCGAACGGUGAUGGUGGGCAUGCAAGGCAGGAUCCAUCUGAAAAUGAGUGAGUUGUCCCCCUAGAACUCUGAUUGGUAACAAAAGUGCCGAGAAUUCAUGUAUUGCUGCAGCUAAAGUCAUCACUACUGUAGUAAAAUAAUAAUAAUAAAACCACACACAAAGUAAAUUCACAAAGUACAUUGAGUUUACAGGAAAUUCAGACAUACUGCAUAUCGGCAGCUGGCUAGAUGGUGCUGGGAGUACCUAGGCCGUCAUGUUCGCGUUCCACUGCCAUCCUGUACAGUCACAAAGAUCCGGGAGACAUUCCCAUCCACUGAAUAUACAGGUUUCCAGGAUGUGGUGUAAUGUGGCAAAUAAAGACGUUUGAAUGUAUACUUGAAUCAGAUUUAUUUGUUCUAAUGCAUUUGUUAACCCUAUAACAAAGAAACCAGAGGUCCAAAGACCUGGGAAAAGGAUUCACACAGCAAUCCUUCCCAAUCCAGUGUGGAUACGUUAUAGUCCGUAAUCAACACUAACACUUGCCUGAAAUAACCUCAGCAAUGAUAACACACAAAAAAAGAAUAAUAAUAAUAAAUAUGUAUGGUGUUGAAACAGAACUGAAAAAGUUUUCAAAGACCCAAAAAGGCACAAGAUCAUACAUGGCACACAUUUGCCCAUCAAAAGUUUCUCUGAUGUUUACAUACAGCGCAAUACAAUCAUUUUUUGGAAAAUCGGCUGUGAUGGCAUCGGAUAAUCUCCUCUUUGGGGGGGGGGGGGGGGGUACACAUGGCCGCUGCUCAAAGGUGGUGGUGAUGGCUGCCUCUCUGGUGGUGAAGUGUCAAAGUCUUGCUCCGAUACAUCAGCCAUGAGUUCCUCAACAUAGGCUACACACAUUAAAAAAACAUGUCAAACAUUCAAAAGAAGAUUACUGCUUUUGGUUUUGGUGGGCUGUCUGUUUUCUUUUGUAACACUACGUAAAGUGUUUUACAAAUCAGUGCAAAGCCAAUAUGUGACAGAUGUAUGGAGGAAAUCACAACCUACAUAACGUGACAUUUUCCACCUUUGACUUACAGUAGUUGCAUGGUUCUUUAACUGGCUUAGCUGAAGCACUUCCUGGCUUGUCCUUUGGUUUUCGAAUACUACAGCGUAGGUCCCCUUUACUUGUCCUUGCCUGCUCUCUGUCACUGUUUGCGUUGUAGUGUAGUGCUGCCCAAUGAAUCCUGAGAUAGAAAUGAUAGGAAAGAAACAAUGAUUUUGUUGAUGCUGUUAAUAUUGAUACUGAAUGUGAUGUUCUCUAUUAUCAGCAUGAAAACAGCAACAUUCUGAGUUAUCAAGAUUAGCGAGAGGUAUGAACUUACCUGCUGAGGAUGCCAUGAUAUCUGUACGACUUCAUUUUUGGCGCAAAUGUUUUGAUGGUCUCAUCUUUGGGGAAGCGAUGAAAGCUUGCCCCGUCUUUAUAUGUAUCGCCACAACCUGCGAUUAUACACCGAGUAGGCGUGGCUGGGGACUGUAGGCGAAAACUCUGGACUCAGUCUUUGUAAGUAACUAAAUCAACUCAAAUUACUUUCAGCACUUCAGUCCAGGUGCAACGACUAUGCCACCGUGUUAUUCUGAAACAUACGUCACGAGGUCGCGUGACCUAUCUCGUGCUCGUAAGUUUAUUUUUUGAAGGGUGGAGCUUUGGGUCCUGAAAAACAGAUGAAAUACCGCUUUCCAGCAAUUAGUGCACAUUCACAAAAUCACUCUCAGAAAUGUAAGGUAUCUCUGGAUACAUGAAAACACAUUUGGAUCACCGUGGAAUUUUGUUUUUUUUAACUUAGUUGACCUUUAAAUAAACAAUUACAUUUGAUAUAAAUCAGGAAUGUCACCGAUUUAUGUUUUUAUUACCAUUAAUUAUUUCAGAAUUUAAACCACUGUGAGGAGCAGACUGAGCCUCCAGGAUUAUUAUUAUUUUUUGUUUGUUUGUUAGCUUGACAGAGCCGACAUUCUGUUCUUUUUCAUCGUUUUAUUAUUUUAUUUUAUAAUUUUUACACAGUUUUUGAUGAGUCACAAACUUUGGUGUGGACCUCACAGAGAUCCCACAGGAAAACUGUGCUUGUGCUUUUGGGAACAAUGGGGAUUACACUUCUCACAUAGCAACGAUCCAAAGUACAUCUUUUCCCUGUAGGAGUAACUCGGGGUGCGUUUAUUUUUGGGAAUAGGAGUACAUGUGAAAUGUUUCUCUGCUCCUGUUUUCACUGAGCCUUUCUUCAUUCACAUUUACUGAAGACGCUACAGCUGCGUGACUCCACCUACUGAAACCCCUGGCAACCAGCUGGGCGAGGAUAGCAACCAGUUAACACCCUAGCAACCAGCUUAGUUUCCUUAGCAACCACCUGGGACCAUAUAGAAACUUUGUAGCAACAUCAUAGCAACCAACUGGGUUAGCAUAGCAACCAACUAGCAACACCACAACACCACCCUAACACCUAGCAACACCCUAGCAACCAGGUAGAAUUUAGGAUUCAACACUUUAACCUUUUAAAAGUUUCAGUGUUUUGACAUUUAGAUCUUAUAAAGUUUGAAUCCUUUAACCUUUACAUUCUUAACAGUUUAAACGUGUUACAGUCAGCGACAUCAGAACAUGGAUAUGGUGUCAGUGUUUCGUGUGUUUAGCGCCUUUAGCAUGGUUAGCGGCUCUGUCAAACCAACAUCAAAGUUCACCCAUGAAUUUUAAUUUUCUACUGAUUUUAUUCGUGUAUUUUAUUCUCCUCUCUGAGCUGAGCUCAGUGUAGCUGAUGAUGUAAACAUUUUUCUUUUCAGUGUGUGUAGGGGAUUAGUGAUGUGUGUUACUGUACUGUGGUAUUUAUUCGCUGCUCAGUGAGACACUGAGCUGGUCUGGGAUCAGUCCCUCAUCCCUGCUGUAUUAUUUAUAAAUCAGGUUGAUGAGGAUGAUGAAGGUGAUAAGUGCAUGUUCUCACUUUUAUUUUAUUAGCUGCCAUUUUUAAAAAUCUUUUUUUUAAUUAUUAAAUUUCAUCAUUUGUGGAAGAGAAGGAAAUUAAAUCGCUGUCAUUUUGCUGUAGAUUUUUAUUUUUCUCAUUUUUUAUUGCAGAAAUAACUCAUUUGUUCAUUCUUUUUUUUUUGCAUUUUUAAAUUGUGACCACUGUAACGUUGAGUAAUUUGUAAAACAGUUA